CCGUGCAACAACAAUGAUCCUUUGAACUUCAUCGCAAAAUCGCCUUUGGCGAACCCCUAAUCCAGUGCCACAGUCCUUACCAAGAUGCUGUUCUCUGAAGAAGAUGCGCCACUCCUCAAGAAGUGGAUUGUGAAGAGACUCGAGAAUACCUCAGAUGCAGACGCCGACGUACUCGCCGAUUACGUCCUCGCGCUCCUUCGUCAUGAUGGAGACACCGAGAUCGUUCGACAGCUUUGCGAGGCGGAGAUUCCUGAUUUCCUAAAGGAAGACUCUACAAUCUUUGUAAGGGACGUCUUCGAUGCAAUCAGCUACAAAUCAUAUCUUCCAGGAGCUGUUCCUCCCCGCCGACCUUCUAUACCUUUCGUGCCACCGUCCGGGCCCUCUGCGCCUUCAAAUGGGAAUGUUGGGAUGGGUGCCUCGAUGGGACCUCAAAUUGGCUCGAGGAAACGCUCGUAUCACGAGAGAGGUGAUGGGGAUCCUCAAGAUAGAGGUUUUCAACUUGGUGGAGAUUCGAAUGGGAGGAUGUACAAGCAGACGAGACGAGGUGGCCCUGGUAUGGGCAGAGGGAUGGAGAAUUUCAACCCAAACCAAGGCAGAGGAGGCUUUGGUGCAGGUCGACCAUCGCCUAUAAAUCUCCAAUCAAUACCGCCUCAAGGAUUUCCAGGAAUGCCUGGAAUGCCGAGUCCACCAGCUGGUAUGCCACCGUUCGACCCUAAUAACCCCAUGACUGCGCUUCUUGCUAUGCAGGUUAUGGGCUUCCCCGUUCCUAAUCUGGCGCCAUUUCCAACGCCAACCUCACCUAUAGGUAGAGGACCCCAUGGACCUCCUAUGCCGCCGAAGAGACCGAGAUGUAAGGAUUAUGAUAUUAAGGGGUUCUGCGCUAAGGGAAAUACUUGUCCGUAUGAACAUGGGGAACAUCCUAUUUGGGUCCCUCCAGUUAGUAAAGCUGAUGAAUACGAUCCUACGAAUUCGAAUCUUAUGGCAGGUAUUGAGAAUAAUGGCAGCCCUGCUCCGGGUGGCUUCAAUCAGUUCAGAGGCGGCGAUAGGGGUCGAGGGCGUGGAGGCAUUCACCGAGGGGACGGUAGAGCAUUCAACAACCCAAGUAGGAGAGGAGGAAGAGCAGAUUUCUCGUCGGAUCGACCGAACUUUGACAAAAAUAAUACAACGAUCGUUGUGGAGCAAAUACCGGAAGAUAAAUUUUCUGAAGAUGAGGUUCGGGGAUUCUUCUCGGAGUUUGGCAACAUCCUGGAAGUUUCCAUGCGACCUUACAAGAGGUUGGCAAUUGUUAAGUUCGAACAAUGGGAUAGCGCACAAGCAGCAUACAAAUCCCCGAAAGUCAUAUUCGACAACAGAUUCGUCAAAGUCUAUUGGUUCACUAAUGCAGAAUCACUACCACAACCACCUGCUGUCUCUGCCACAAAUGGUGCUGCGAAGAAUGGUUCUUCGACACCAGGUACUCCAGCUCCAGUGAGAGCAAUAUCAGAACCUCAAAUAGACAUUGAGGAGUUCACUCGAAAGCAAGAGGAAGUUCAGAAGGCGCACGAGGAGAAGCAGAAGAAACUGAAAGAGAUGGAAGCCGCACGGAAAGAGUUAGAGAAGCGGCAGGAGGAUCUUCUGAAGAGUCAGGCCGAGGAGAAGAGGAAACUUAUGGCGAAGCUAGCUGCUAAGAGCGGACAAUCCGGUUCUCCACCUGUUGGCUCUGAAAAUGGAGCAUCAGUAGAACCGGAUAAUCCUACGGAUAAGUUGAAGAAACAACUAGCCGCACUGGAAGCUGAAGCGAAGUCAUUGGGAAUUGAUUAUUCUCUGUCAGAUGAUACCUCGUCUUGGGGUGGUCGAGGUAGGGGCCGUGGUCGAGGGGGUUACCGAGGAAGAGGCGCCUUUGUGCCUCGAGGAUUCCGUGGAGGCUACAGAGGACGUGGUGGGGCACCAUUUGCGGUGUCAGGACGGUCAUUCAAUCUUGACAACAGGCCCAAGACGGUCGGUUUGGUGGGCAUUGACUUUUCCGAUCCCGAGAAAGACGAGAGUCUCAGACAGUACCUCUUGGGAAUCGGCGAGUACACCGACAUCGAAGUCAUCCCCGCCGGCCGCACAGCCAUAACCUUCAAAGACCGCCACACAGCCGAGAAGUUCAUGUUUGGCAUUCCAAACGGCGAGAUCCCAUCUGUCGGCAAAGUCGAGCUAUCAUGGAUCCAAACCCCACUUCCUCCUGUCAUGUUACCUGCCAAAACGAACGUUGCGAAACAUGGAGAUGAUGACGUCCAUAUGGAUGACGGCGAUGCGAUGGCGGCAACGAAUAGUCCUGCACCGGUUGGAGGUGGUGAACAGCAAGAAGCGCAAGAGAAUCUUGACUAUGACGUUGCUGAUGAUAACGAAUGGGGUAUUCAAUGAGUGCGCCCUUGGAUUUAUUGCAUUUGGUGAGCGAGUUACGGCGCAGCAAACAUUGCCAGAGGUAAAGAAAUGUGUGUAUUUGUAUUGUAUGUAGGAAACCCUUGUACACUACGACUUGGCGAAACCCGAGAAUAGAUCAAGCGAUGAUUUCAUGGUCUAUUUUCUCUCAAGUUGCAUUCUUCUUUCACUAACUCCCGUUUAUUCCUUGGUAAGUUCGAUUUUGGGGUUAACGCUAGCCUAUUAUAGUAAAUCCUAGGAUAAAAAGUUUGUUGCAC